AUGAUGGGACACGUUUUACGUCAUGACGAAGAAUUGCAUCAUACUAUAAUAGAAGGUGCAAUUGAAGGACGGAAACCACCAGGAAGACCAAGAAACUCGUGCAUAUCUCAACUGAAAAAUGACGUAGGGUUUGAUACAUACGUCGGAUUGAAAAGACUUGCUGAAGAUCGUGAUAAGCGGAGAGCGAAGUUAAAAACGUUGUAA